UAUUUUUGAUACUGGUAACCGUAAGUAGACAUAAGGGGGAAACAUAUUGGCCUGAGACCAGAAAUCGAGCCCAGGACAACCACGCUGAGAGCUAUGGCCUCCACAUCUUGCCCGCGCUCCCCGCCACCACAUUUCAAAGGCAUCUUUUGCGGUGACGUGUUUCCGUUUACAUUUAACACACGUUGGUCACUUCCAGUUGCCACGUGCUCUAUAGUUUUUGGUGGCAGCUGCUGGAGCUAAACCAUGAAAAGGACUCAAAAGCGAAAACAUUUUCGGGCUACGGGUUCAACAGCGGAGUUCUGUUGUGUGCCAUUUUGCCCAAUGACUAGUAGCUGUAAUAGAGGGCUUAGUUUUUUCCAUUUUCCUUCUAAUUUUGAGUUAAGGCAACAGUGGAUAGUGGCUAUCCGCAGGAAAAACUUGGUCAUUAACGCUCACACUCGCGUAUGUAGCCAGCAUUUCAAACUUCAGGAUAUCAAAGAGUCAGCAUCACAAAUGGGAAGACGUGGGUUGAAAUAUGGAGCUGUACCUGUAUUGUUUGAGUGGAACAAUUACUCUCUCCCAUGUCCAAAACCGAGGAUUUUGGAGAAAGUAGCUAUGAAUGUCCUUAAGGAACAUAAUUAUGCCACAGUUCCUGAACCUGCAGUAGCAGAUGUAGUGUUGGAAAAUAAUAUUCUUAGGAAAAAAAUCCAGAAGACACAGGAACAGAUUGGGAGCCUUAUGCUGAAGCAGUGUUUUGGCAUUCGCCGUUUUGCUUCUUCUGACAAGGACAUUAGAUUCUUCACAAGGUUUGCAUCAUAUGACCACCUGAUGCGUUUUUGGGCCUUGAUUGAGCCGUUUCUCCCAACUAUGAUCAGUGUUCCACAAAACAUCGACGCCACUCCCUCAACUCAUUCCCUACAGCCCAUUGAUGAGUUCUUUCUGUUCCUAAACUACCUUGCCCGUGGAUCCAAGCAACAGGACCUUGCGGACCAGUAUGGCGUCCAUCAGUCCACAAUCAUCCGGAUCAUCACAACAUGGAGCAACUUUUUAUUCAUGGUACUCGGCUCAAUUAGAAUCUGGAUACCUCAGGAUCAGAUUCACAAAAAUCUACCCGCAGUCUUCGAGGACUGCCCUGACACUACAGUCAUCAUUGACAGCAUUGAGCUGAGGUGUCAGUGCCCAUCUUCCCCUCUCCUCCAGAGUGAAGUGUCUUCUUUUUACAAAUCCCGCUGCACUCUGAAGGGGCUCAUUGGGAUUGCACCUCACGGGCCAGUGACAUUCAUCUCCAGACUGCACACAGGGUCCAUCAGUGACGAGAAGAUCACGCGUGAAUCUGGUCUCCUCGCCCUCUUAAAACCAGGGAUGGCUGUCAUGGUAGACAGAGGUUUCCCAUUGACGACAUCGUACCCUGCAAGGUUUACAGGCCAGCAUUUCUCUCUGGCGGCUCUCAGAUGUCUGCAGGGGAAGUGAGGAAGACGAAGGCCAUAGCACGGCUCAGGGUCCAUGUGGAGUGCCUCGUUCGCCGGGUCAAAGAGCGCAAGUUGUUUGACUCUGAAAUUCCCCUGGGCUUUUUUGGGAUUGUCAACCAACUGUACACUGUUGCUUGCCUACUCACAAAUUAUGAAAAUGCCCUCUAGCAACUGCUUGGCCAAAGAAGCCUGACAAAGUAUGGUUUAUCUUCACUGUUCAUUCUAUAAUGAACAUAAAAUUAAAUCACUUUUUUAGAAUA